AUGAUGUCUCUGAACAGGAAAAAGGCUUCAUUAGAGCCACUGCCGGAUGGAGGGAGCAAAUGCCUCAAGACGGAGCCCUUGCAGCCUGCGGCACAAGCGGGCACGGCGUGUGAGCUGCCACCCUCACUCGCCCCUUCGCCGCUCCCCCGAGAGCGCUGUCCGGGCAGCACAGACCUUACAGAGGUGCGGGGGACCCGAGAGGGACUGCCCUCCGCACUCCGCGGCCGAAACGCCGCCGCCCCUCCGGGAAGGAGCGCCAAGAGCUGCCCCGCGGAGCGGCGGUGGCCGCACGGAGCCGGCCCGGCGCUGCCAGGGUCCCGCUGCCGCUCCGGCAGCACGGCCACUCCAUCUUCACCUCCCCCGCGCAAAAACACCUCUUUCCCCGAGCGGGACGCGAGGGCCAAGCCGCCCAGCCUUGGUGCGGCCGAGCCCCGCAUCCCCCGCAGCCCCGGGCUCACCUCGGCCGAGAGCGCUGCUCCGUCCGCCGCAGCCCCGGUUCCGCCGCUCCCACCGCCGGACGGGACCGAGAUGUCCCUCCGGGGGCCGCCCCCCGGCUCGGCUCGGAGAGACCCCUCGGGAGGGACCCGUCCCUUCCCCGAGCCCCGGAGCGGCGGCGGCGCCCUCGGAACGGCCCCACCCCCGGCACUGCCGCUGUCGGCCAGAGAGGUGGGAAAUGCUGAGUUUGAGCACCAGGUUAACUCCUGCUGUCCGGUGAAUUUUUCAGAAGAGGAUGCGCUGCUGCAGGAGGAGGCAGGAGGCAGAGAAGAGGCACCCAGAGGUGUUGAUCUGCAGCAGCUGGUGCCCCUGGGGGGUGUGUACCACAUCGAUGCCCUGCAGCUGCCGCCCCAGGCCCAGGACGUCGGGGACUGGAGCAUGGUGGAGCUGCUGGAUGUUGGAUUGGAGGUGUAUCCAUAUUCCCCAGGAGAGGUUGAAGAUGGCACACAGUUUGCAGUACAAAUAACCCUGAAGCUCCCUGAUAAUGUGAUUUAUUUUAAAGUGCCUGUGGUAGCCCGAUGGGAUGCUGCAGGCCAGCAGUGGAGAACUGAUGGCAUCAGCGAGAUAACGUAUGAAGCAGAAGAAAAGAGCAUCACCUUUGGGAUGGGUGCCUUUUGUACAGUAGCCCUUUUCCAGGAUGCUCACCUGAACCUGCCCUAUCAGGCCUGGGAAUUGCACCCCACUGGGGUGGAUGAAGGACUCUUCACAGUUACUGCAGCCUUUGCAACCAUUCAGAUACAAAUUAAGGAUAAUCAGUGUAUGUUGUCUGCAGUAGUGGUGGAAGAGGAGGAGGUACUUUCCCAGAUGACAGGAAAAUGGAUGAGGCCUUUUGCCCUCAGAGUGGCUUCAAAAAGAGCUGGAGUGAACAUUUGCCCAGCAGAGUACUCUCCCAAGUAUGUCCCUGUGCCUGGGAAGGCUGCCCUGGCAGAAGUGAAGGCCUAUGAGCAGAUGGCUCUGCUUGCAGCUGCUUUUGCUUUUGCUCACAGCAAGUGGAAUGGAGAAGCAGGGCCAGAGCAAGUCGUGUUCAAAGCAAGUGAACAUCUUACAGUGGGCUCUGCCAAAGACAACAACUGGUCUCUUUAUAUGUUCAAUGGUGAGAAAGUACAAAACCUCAAGCUCACUGAAACCAGUGAAGCUUUUACAGAAGAGCUGGAAGAAGAGUCUGAAUUUCACUCCACACUCUACCAUAUGCUCAAGGCUUCUGCCAGCAAUGAAGCCAUGGAUAAAGUGGAAAGAGCUGGCUUCCUGUUUAUUGAUUCUGUGUAUCAGCUGCUCCUUGCUACCAGAGUUUUAGCAUACUCUUAGAUACAGCAAGCUUUCCUUCAAAACUUUAUUAUCAAAAGCUUUCAAAAAAGUUACAUUUCAAGUCUUAAAUCCUUUUCUGUUCAAAUCAUUGAAACAGGUUCUAAAAUGCAAACAUUUUAUCUUUGUUCAAGCAAAAUAAAUUCUUUAUUCUCUUGUGGCUA